AUGCACGCGGCAGACGUCGCGCUCUCCGUGCUGCUCGCGGCCAUCAUCGUGGUGUCGCUGCUGGCCAACGUGCUGGUGCUCGUGUGCUUCGUGUACAACGCCGAGAUCCGGCGGCAAGUGCCCGGCCUGUUCGUGCUCAACCUCACGUGCUGCAACCUGCUGCUGGCCUCGUCCAACAUGCCGCUGACCGUGGCCGGCCUGCUGGGCCACGCGCCCCCGCCGGGCGGACACGUCCUGUGCCAGCUCGCCGCCUUCCUGGACACGUUCCUGACCUCCAACUCCAUGCUGAGCAUGGCGGCGCUCAGCAUCGACCGCUGGGUGGCCGUCGUUUUCCCGCUCAGCUACCACUCGCGCAUGCGCCGGCGAGACGCCGUGCUCGCGCUCGCCUACGCGUGGCUCCACUCGCUGGGCUUCGCCGUGGCGCCCGCGUGCCUCUCGUGGCUCGACUACCACCGGCCGACGGCCUCGUGCACGCUGUACAGCCCGGAGGCGCGCGCCUCCUCGCGCGCUCACUUUGCCGCCUACACCGUGGCGCUGCACGCGCUCACCUUCCUGCUCGUGCUCGUGGUGCUGUGCGUCACGUACCUCAAGGUGCUGCAAGUGGCGCGCUUCCACUGCAAGCGCAUCGACGUCAUCACCAUGCAGACGCUCGUGCUGCUCGUGGACAUCCACCCCAGUGUUCGCCAGCGCUGUCUGGAGGAGCAGAGGAAGAGGAGACAGAGAGCUACCCGCAAAAUCAGCACCUUCAUCGGGACCUUUGUCAUUUGCUUCACCCCUUACGUCCUCACCAGGGUGGUGGAGCUGUUUGUGGCCGUCCCGAUCAGUCCGUACUGGGGAGUAUUGUGCAAGAGCUUGGCCUACAGCAAAGCUGCCUGCGACCCGUUCGUCUACUCCCUCCUCCGGCACCAGUACCGCCAAACCUGCCGUGAUAUCAUCAACCGCUUCCUCAAGCGAAGAUCCCUCAACACGUCAGGCCAACGGCAGGAGAACGGCAAAGUGAAAAAACCUGUGAAUUCAGGGAAAUCUGAGAUAUCUGAGAUAAAGCCUGAGAAACCAGAUAAAGAGGGGAAAACUGGCACAGGGUCUGCUGUUUAAGAACCUGAACAAUGGAGAUGAAAAUGUAGCAACAAAAAAAAAACACUGCAAAGAUAAAGCAGCUAGUCUGCUCAAAGAGAAGGAGCACUGUAAGGGAAUGCAGGCUUCAAACAUUUUCUACUUUUCUACCUUCAAGAGUUAUUCGACAUUUAUGAGUUUCAGAGAGUGCUAAUCUGUAAAGAGUCACAUCUUUUGAAGACUGUAGUAUUUUGGAAAAUGAGUGCAAAUUGUUUUUUUUUAAUGGUGAAAGCUGCCAGAUAGUGAAUACUAGGAGAUACACUGUAUGGCCAAAAGUAUGUGGACACCUGACCAUCAUAUCUGUAUGAGCUUGUUGGACAUCCCAUUCCAAAACCAUGGAAUUAACAUUACCUUUCACUGGAACUAAGGCGCCCAAACCCUGAAAAACAGCCCCUGCCCAUUAUCCCUCCUCCACUAAACUUUAGUGGUGGCACAGUAUGACAUUAUGCAUUAGGUAGUGUUCUCCUAACAUCCACCAAACCCAGAUUCAUCUGUCAGACUGCCAGACAGGUGAGACGCAAACAGUCCAGUGGCAGCAUGCUUUACGCCAAUCCAGCCGACGCUUGGCAUUGCGCAUAGAUCUUAGUUUUGGACGCAGCUGCUCGGCCUUGGAAACCCAUUUCAUGAAGCUCCAGGCACACAGUUUUUUGUGCUGAUGUUGCUUCCAGAGGCCGCUGAGAACUCUUUAGUGAGUGAUGGAACAGUAGACAGGUAAUAUUUACAUGUUACAUGCUUGAGUGCUUGGUGGCCCUGCUCGGUCAGUUUGUUUGAAGUCACUGUGCUCUUCAGUAUGACCUGUUCUACUGCCUAUAUUUGCCUACAGACAUAUGUGGCUGUGUGCUUGAUUUUAUACACCUGUUAGCAAUAGUUUUAGGUGUAAAACCUAAACUUAAUAAUUAGGAGGGUGUCCACAUACUUUUGGCCAAAUAGUGUACAAAGCAAAGGCCUUUUUUUUUCGUUUUUAGUUCGUAUUGCAACUGGAUAUCUGCUAGAAUGCCACUGGGUGUCAUUGGGUGUGUCAAAGGUGAUUUGUGGGCUCUUUCUAAACACACGUUGAUUUGAAGGGUUGAAAGUAUUUGCUGUAUUUAUUUGAUUAUACUUGAGAAGUUUUUUUCUUAAUUAUGCCUUUUUCCGUAUGGAUUAGCAACAUGCCAGGAAGAGAUAAAGCACUACUUGGAUCCAGGGCAUAGUCAAAUUGGUAGUUGGAGGAAUGAAAGGGGGAUAAAAAUCACAUAGACCCAUAAUACGUCCAAAAAUCAGCAUACAGCUCCAUAAUCAUUGGCAUCUUUGUUAAAUAGGCGAAAAAAAAUCGUAAAAAUGUUUGCUGAGACUGGAGAACAUAGGACAAAGAAUUUGAGAUACAGAUCAGUACAGAGACACUCUCUCAAGAUCCUCAAGGUUUCCCAGAUCCUUCUUUACCUUGCUUGGUUUUCCGUGGGGUGGUUCAGGUCAGGGGGCUGGGAUGUCCAUGUCAGAAGCUUCAUUCUGUGGUCACUGAACCUUUUUUAGUGUAGAUCUGGAUGUAUGAUUCGGAUCACUGUCCUGCUGGAAGAACCAACCACCUAAUUUUAGCUUUCUGCAGCCAGAUUUACAUUAAAAAUCUGCUACUUCAUGAAAUCCAUAAUGUCAUGCUGUCGUUCUAAUAAGGUUCCCAGGGCCUUUGAAGAAAAAACAGCCCCAAAACAUCACAGAUCCCUCACCAUACUAGCAAAGUACAGGCCCUUAGAUUUGUGGUUCUAAUAGGUUAUCGGAUUGAUAUUAGGUGGUGUCUAAUUGUUAUCAGGCAGGUUUAGUAGAGCUUGUUUUAAACUUGUUAUUAACAGUUGAUAUAUGGGCGUU